GCUCGAGUCGAGUAGAGGCUAGUUCAGGUCAGUUGGCCGGAGAUCCAUCGAUCCGUCGAUCAACGGCUCACCUGUCAAACGUGUCACGCACGCAUCAUAGUUUCUUCGAGGGAUAUUCGAGUGACUUAAUCGUAAAAAAAAAAAAAAAAAAAAAAAAAAAAAAAAAAAAAAAAAAAAAAAAAAUUGCCGUGAUCCCGAAGAGAUCUUUUUUUCUUUUUUGUCGGUUCGACGAGUCGUGUUGACGAGAUCGUGUGACGGGUCAGUGAGAGGGGGAGAGAAAGAGAGAGAGAGAGAGAGAAAGAGAUAGAGAAAGAGAUAGACAGUUCGAUCAAAGAAGAGACAUUUGGACAUUUUUGUUUCUUCCCUCGUACAAGCAAGGAAGGGAGAUACCUCCCUUUAAUGUUUCGGGAAGAUGAGAAUAUAGAAGAAGAAGAAGAUCGAGGAAGAGUUCGAGAGUGUUUCGGUGAAAGGUAUAGAUUCGAAGAAGUGUUGAAUCGCGGUAAAUAAGAAUGACAGUACUAAGGAUGACCUCCCCGGUGACGCCUCCAUCGAGCAGUCCAGGUUCCAACGAGGCCCAGGCGCCCCAGGCGAUUUCGAAACCGGUGCAUCGAUUGAGCUUCUCCGUCGCUGCCCUGUUGGCAGACACUAAAAAGUCGGACACCACCAGACAGGAAACGUCCUCCGUCUCUCCAAGAUCAUCUCCCCUCGCGCCUUACUCCCCUGUCAGACACGAUCAACUGUCUAUCACGACGUCGAACACCGUUCUACAGAAGUAUCCAGGUGAAUACAGAUCGAGAUACGUCCCGUCGAUGUCUCCAUGUACCGCCCAAGAGCACAGAUCGGGCCAGUACACCUGUGACGCCCCCAGAACCACCCUAGACGCAAGGACGUUGGCCAGACUUCCGGAAAUCGAGGUCGACAGGGUGGAAUCCCCUCGCUCCAGAACCCUGGACUACAUAGUGCAAACGUCCACGGAAAGUGGUUCCACGUCGGAAGUGACAGCCUGUUCCUCGUCCCCCAAAGUAUCCACGCACAACAACCAUCCAGAAUUUGGUUCCCAAUCGCCGAGAAGUAGCUCGCACGAGGGCAGGUCCAGGUGUUCAGAACCUGAGGACAUCGAGGAGGAGGACGAGAAUAGUUUGGUCGACGUGGAGGAGUUGCAACACCACCAUCAUCAUCAUCGUCGUCAUCAUCACGAUGAUCAGGGGAGCAGCCCGACGCCGGUGAGACCAACGCCUGCAUACAUCGGGGGAUUCUCCGGUUUGGGGGGGAUCUCUGGCAUUCCAACGGGGCUCCAUCCCGCCGUUUGGGGCGGAGGACAUCAGGGUGCAGCCGCGGCCGCGGCAGCCGCCGCCGCCGCCGCCGCGGCCACUGCCAGCUUCUUCCCCUCGCAUUUCUCUCAUCACGCGCCCCUGAACGAGAACGGGGAGCCGGCCAAGAUCAAGUGCAACCUGAGGAAACACAAGCCGAACCGGAAGCCGAGGACGCCUUUCACCACGCAACAAUUGCUCGCGCUCGAGAAGAAGUUCACGGAAAGGCAAUACCUCAGCGUUGCGGAGAGGGCCGAAUUCUCGUCCUCCCUUCACCUCACCGAGACCCAGGUGAAGAUCUGGUUUCAAAAUCGUCGCGCCAAGGCGAAGCGCAUGCAGGAAGCGGAAAUCGAGAAGUUGCGGAUGUCGGCGGUCAGGCAGCACCACACCACGCUUUACGGCUCUCAUCCGGGCCUUUUGACGCCUGCAAGCCUCUACCCGGUCGGAAUGCUGUCUCAUCCAGGCCUGACGCCGCAUCACCCGAUCUCCCAGCAUCCAUCCAGGGAAUGAGAGGGGCGCGGGGGGUCAAAGUUGGUGACGACGAGUCAGAAUCGGUAGUGAAUCGAUCCUGGAUCAUCCCUCGCGAACAUUGGCCGAUUCCCCUUCGACAUUGUCUCUUUGCGUUGCGACCGGUUUGGGAUAUGGCCAGGAGAGACGUAAGGGAAGAGGGGGAGGAAAGAAGAUCACGUGGAAUGCGUUUAUGGGAUAUCGAGGUGGACAACAAGGAUCCAGGAUCAUUCUGAAAUUAUUUUUGGAUGUAUAACUUGGCCUUGUGGGAUGAAGAAGAAGGAAGAAUAGGAAGAGGUAAAAGGAAAACUCUGCAAAGCAUUUAUGGUGAAGUGAAGAGAUUCUUUUAUAUAAAAUUGUCCUCCUGUUGAGGAUUGAGAUAUUUACCUCCAGAAAAGUGAGGAAGGAGGAAAGAAGGAGAGUGAAUGAUAAUUUAUGAGAAAUAUAUACCAAAAGUGUUGAGAUAUUUGAUGGGAUAUAAGAAAAGGUUGGUGAAAAAGUAUGGAGGAAAGAAAUAUUAUGCGAAACGGAGCGCAUUUAUGAGUGCAUUAUCUAUCGAACUGAAUCGAUCUUCGAACGAUCAAAUGUUUUUGCGGAAAUUUUUUCCCAAGUUCCGGUUCUUGGUUUGAAAUAUGCCUUGAGAGAAACAAUUGGAAUUAGAAACAAGAGAAAUACUACUGAAGCGUAAAAACCGGAUUUUCUUCGAAUUCGUCGAAAUUUCCCUUCUGGAAUUACUUUUGGAUCGGUUUGUCGUAUCCAGCCUCGAGUUAUUUAAGGGAAUGAAAAAAGAAAAAAAAACGUAAAUUGAAUCCAAUCCAUAUUGCGUACGAAUUCAUGAAAAUUUUCAAUGGAGACCAAAUGGAAAGGAAGUCGAAUAAUUUUCACGAAAAAAGUCUAACCAAAGUAAUUCUGAAAGAAAAAAAAAAAAAAAAAACUCUAUUCUAAACAUUAAACUCUCUUUUCUCAAUCGACAUUCGUGUAAUAAACACAAAUUCGUUCGUAGAGAGAGAGAGAGAGAGAGAGAGAGAGAGAUAACAACAACAAGAAGAAAAUUUCUCUGGGGGAGCAGAGAAUAGUGUAUCGUGAAUCUGUGCCAAUAACAGACGCGUUAUCGUCCGACGUGUCUUGUACAUAAAGUGUAAAUAAUCGUCGUUCACGCGUUAAUUCACGGUAGACCUGUAAAUACGAUGUUCGAUCUUCAAAACGAACGAUCCUCGGUGGAUCGUGCCCGCCUGUUUUUUCCAAUUUUGUAUAAAUGUAAAACCGAGAGAGUAGCAGAGUUUAUUUAAUAAACCACAGUAUAGAAGUAA